AGAUGCAGGGGGGCAGGCGCUCAGGACGUUUGUGCAGAGCAGGAGUUGUCUGGAGGCGUCAUCCUCUGGACUGGAUGACGUUGUCUGCUAAACUGCAUAGGUUGCAUUAGAUGUGAAGUGAAGUUUGUGAAUAGUAGAGAAGGAGAGGGGCUGGGAGACGCGCCUGUGGACAUUCAAACACUGCUGAAAAUGAAAUCUCUUCCGCUGCGAUUGGCGCGCUGCUGCUGCGCGUGGACACCGCGCUGAGUGGAUAAGCUCUGCCCGGAUACUGUCACAGCUCUGCACCGCUGUCAGCCACCGUCCUCCUACAUGAUAUUUCCUCUCACUCUCUACACAACAGUUGGCUAGAAAUGACUGAGAGCCUCGCCACCAGCGCGAUUAACGGGACUGUGCGUCACCGCGGAAACAACGGCCUGAAGCCGGAGCGAGAGGGCUGGCUCAAAGGACUCCAUGAACAGUCCCACGGGCUGUCCGAAGAGAUUAGUGAACCACCAAAUGGCAGCCUGUACCGCCGGCCCUUUGUGGAGUCUUUUGAGAAGACUCCCAUGUUGGUGGCUGUGCUCACUUACAUGGGCUAUGCCAUCCUGACCAUUUUUGGACACCUGCGUGACUUCCUGCGCGCCUGGAAGAUUGAAAAAUGUAACAUUACUGCAGAGAGAGAGGAACAAAAGGACUUUGUGCCUCUUUACCAAGAGUUUGAAAACUUUUACACCUGGAACGUGUACACCCGAGUGCGUGACAUCCUAAACCGGCCAAUAUGCAGUGUCCCUGGAGCCACCAUGGAUCUAAUGGAGAGGGUUUCCCAUGAUUACAACUGGACUUUUGAGUACACAGGGCGAAUAGUGCGUGAUGUGAUCAAUCUGGGCUCGUACAAUUAUCUGGGCUUUGCAGAAAACACUGGUCCUUGUGCUGAUGCUGCAGCGGAAAUCACCAUGAAGUAUGGAGUGGGAGUGGCCAGCACCAGGCAGGAAAUUGGUAACCUGGACCGACAUGAGGAGCUGGAGAAACUGGCCGCUCGGUUCCUUGGGGUAGAGUCCGCUAUGACUUUUGGGAUGGGGUUUGCCACCAACUCUAUGAAUAUACCGGCCUUGACUGGCAAGGGCUGCCUGAUCCUGAGUGAUGAGCUGAACCAUACCUCUCUGGUGUUAGGAGCCAGACUGUCCCGCUCUGUUAUCCGGGUCUUCAAGCACAACAAUAUGCAGAGUCUGGAGAAACUGCUCAGAGAAGCUAUAGUCCACGGUCAGCCCAGAACGCACAGACCAUGGAAGAAGAUCCUUAUACUGGUGGAGGGCAUCUACAGCAUGGAGGGCAGUAUAGUGCGCCUACCCGAGGUGAUUGCCCUGAAGAAGCGCUACAAGGCCUAUCUGUACCUGGACGAGGCGCACAGUAUCGGAGCGCUGGGGCCCAGGGGGAGGGGCGUGGUCGACUACUUCGGCUUGGACCCCAGUGAUGUGGAUGUGCUGAUGGGCACUUUCACUAAGAGCUUUGGGGCCGCUGGGGGAUACAUCGCAGGGAAGAAAGAGAUGAUUGAUUACCUGCGCUCCCACUCCCACAGUGCAGUCUACGCCACCUCUAUGUCUCCUCCUGUGGUGGAGCAGAUCAUCACUUCUAUGAAGUGCAUUAUGGGAGAGGACGGCUCAACUAUAGGUUGUGAUCGUAUAAGGCAGUUGGCGGAGAACACAACAUAUUUCCGAAAGCGUCUUCAUGAGAUGGGCUUUAUCAUUUAUGGCAACAAUGACUCUCCAGUUGUUCCCCUGAUGCUCUACAUGGUUGCAAAGAUUGGAGCGUUCGGGAGGGAGAUGUUGCGGCGGCACAUUGGCGUGGUGGGGGUUGGAUUCCCUGCAACGCCCAUCAUCGAGUCCCGUGCCCGCUUCUGCAUCUCCGCCUUACACACUCGAGAGAUGCUUGACAGGGCUCUGAGUGCCAUAAACGAGGUGGGAGAUCUUCUUAAUCUCAAGUAUUCACGUCAGAGAAUACGACCAUCUUUGGUUUGCUCGUGUGAUGACAAUUCAUUGGAGGACAUUAACAAAUAACAGUGGUCAGUGUCAAGACAACACAGAUUCACAAUAGGAGAUAGUUAUAAAGCUUUUCUGAGAGAGCUUGUCUCCAACACUGCCUUGCCUUAACUAGAAGAAAAAGUAAUUUAUAUUACUCAAUGUCAGUCAUUUUUGUAACAGUAUUUUGCUAUGUAAAAUUAUUUUGCUAUAAUAUUUUUAAAUGAUAAACUCACUAUAUUCUAGUCUGUAAAUGCCAGUGUCCUUGGGAUGAGUUAAGUUGUGAAUGUUUUGACCUGUGACAAGAACAGAUAAAAUAAUCCUCGAAAAGAGAAUGAUAUUUUGAGAUCUAGACUAAACCAAAAAUGUAUCACUGGCAGCAAAUUUGUGCAACGUUUGUUGUAGGAUUCUCAGCAUUUUAAGUACAUUUUUAGGCUGUCAAGGGACAAAGGGCUCUGCAAAUAGGAUACACAGAUACUGUGCUAACAGUCUCUCUCAUCUUAGAGCACCCAGCAAGCAAUGAUUUUUAUUGUACUUUAUACAAUUGUAUGAUGCAUGGUCAUAAGAUCAUUAGAAUAUUCAAUAAUAUUUUGGAUGUACUUUAUGGUUGUAUAAUUGUAUAAAGUCACAGUAAUUACCAACUGCUAUUUGGAUCAAUAGGGUUGAUUAUUAUUAUUAUUAUGUAUUUUCAUGUCAGUUGACAAGGUCAUUCUAUGUUGUAAGGUCAUUCAUUUAAUGUGAAUGGGCCUACGAGUUGUGAUUUUAUAUACCAUCAUAAUUCAUUUUUACCAUUUAUUUUUAAACAUUGAGAUCUCAAACACCAAAUACCAUUUUUUUAAAAAGAAUUCACAAAGCAAAAUCUUCUCAGGCGCACACAUAGAUGAACCACUUUUACUGACUAGAUAUGAUUGAAGUACAUCAAUAGAGCCCAGUUCUUUGUAAAAUACUACAAUUAUAAUUACAAGAAUAUCUUUUAUACAAGUUUGAUACCAUAAUAGGGUACUUUUAUAAUGAUAAAAUUGUGUUUGAGCUUUAGAAAAAUGUUUUGAGGUUUUAAUGAUCUGAUGAAACUUCACCAAUCAUUUUAAAGUUUACAAUCUUUUUUUCUUUUCCGAUCUUCUUUGUCUUUGAUUUCUCAAAGACACUUUUAUUGAAGCUUAUCUAAGUAUAUUGUGGUCAAAGAUAAUGACAAUACAUGACUUACUUUGUGGAAUCUUAAUUGAGGUGUUGCUACACUUUUACCAGACAAGAGUUCAGAAUAAAAAGACUGCACAUAUCCACUCCUGCAUGCAGCCACCAGGCAUCAAAAUGCACGCGCUGUUCUCAAACAAACCCUCCAAGUUCUAUGAGACCAUUUGUAUCUAUUAUUCCUAAAUGGGAAUGUUAUAUUCUGUUUUGUGUAAAAGGCUGGGCUUAACUUGAACAUAUACGUGUUAUGUUAGGUAAUAUGCACUAUCAGAUGUGUGGUCUUAGUUUGGUCCUGGUUUAGUUCUGGUCUAGUCCCAGUUUAGUUCCAGUUUCAAUAUGGUGUGUGUGAUAGUGUGAAUGCAGCCUGUUAAAAGAUGCCAUCUAAAGACUGCAGCUAUGUUUUAAAUGCACUAUGUGUAUGUCUGUGGGUAAAGUUUAGCUUACAACUUUGUCACUACAUUCAACUUGGGGUAAUAUGAUGAUGCAGGUUUAUUUGUUAUGGUUACAUCCUUUAAUUUCCAAAAUAGAAAGCCGCAGGGACAUAAGAACUGAGGUAAUGCAAUCAUCUUCCAUGUAGUUCCCCUUUUGUAUCUUUAGUGAUGAAUCUAUGUUAAUACAGUGCCUUGAAGAAAAUUGUGUACUAAAUAUUUUCUUUUCAGUUGAGUUCUGUUGCCUGUUUCCUUGUAUUUAAUAUCACUGAUUUGCUCCAUUGUCACCACUUCAAAUGUUUGCACUUUGACAGCAGAUUACUCUUCUAUUGUGGCUUUUAUGCCUGUUGGUAAUAAAAUGAUGAAAUGAUAAA